GCGGCCAUUGAAAAAGUGUCCACAGUGAAAUAUUUAGGCGUUCACAUUUCUUCAGACCUGACGUGGCACCAGCACAUCGAUCACAUAAGUAGCAAAGCGUCCAAAACCCUCGGCUUUGUCAGGCGCCACCUGUAUUCCGCAAACCAGGCGACCAAGGUUUUAGCAUACAUUACUUUAGUUAGACCGCAAUUGGAAUAUGCCGCUAUCAUUUGGAAUCCGGAUCAAGAAUACCUCAACAACAAACUCGAAUCGCUACAGAAUAAGGCUGCUAGAUUUGUCAUGAAAAAAUAUUCUCGUUACUACAGCGUAACUGAUAUGAAAUUAUCUCUAAAUUUAUGCAUGCUCAAAAAAAGAAGACUAGUUGCACUGCUAUCUCACUUUCACCGACUAUAUCAUAAUCCCUCGGCAUUCACAGAAGCUCAUAUUAAACCGGCCCUUCGCGUCUUUCCCCGAUUAGAUCACCCUUUUAAAGUGCAGCCAAAGUUCGCUCGUACUAAACUUAUGCAUCAGUCACCACUAUUCCUUGCCAUCUAUCAUUGGAACAGACUGCCAGCUGAAAUCGCUUCCGAGAACAAUCACGAUGCUUUUGUUAGUAAACUGAAGUGCUGGAUGCAUACAGAUAAAUAA